UCCGGUGCGCUCCGCAGACGAUGCGAAUCCGUUCUCUCGUGCGUUCCCCGUCGUCGCUAGUUCUCCUAUAAUUGCGCGAAAAGCAUGGGGUCGUUAUUACCGCUCUGAGAGCAGUCUUAAAGCAGCUCUCGGAAAAAUCCGGCGCACUCGAAACUAAACUUUACUAUCUGUGUUUGUGGCUGGUAGUUUUUUGCUUGUUUCAUUUAGUUUUCCAACCGAACUGAACACUGACUUAAUUCUUGUUUUACUUUUAUUGCCAAACUGGCGAUGCGUGGGUGGUAGUGGUUCCAGAAUGUGAGUGACUUUUUCUCUUCUUAUCUUCGACACGUCUCACGUUUCUUCUCUUCUCUUGCGAUUCCUCCGCCUCCGCUCGUUGUGUAACAUGUGCUGGUUAAAACAAUGACGGAAUGAAGACAAGUGUCGUCCAUCUUGUGCUCCUAGUGUCGAUCUUGUCAUCGGCGUUUGCUGGCGAUGGACGUUCGCAAAAUGGCCGCGGCUGCGAGACGCGAAUAUUGUCCAAAACAGGACCUGCGCCCAGAUUAGACCUCGAUCUUCAGUUAACAAUUCGAACAAUUAUAAAUAAUUAUCUUUCUUUCAAUGGACCACCACAAACAGCAACAAUAAAUAAAACUAGUGAAAUAUCAGAAUUCACUCAAAAACAAAAUUCAUCAUUCGAUUUGGCGACUAUAGUGCAAAAGAUCCUGCCAUCACGUGGUCGUUCCAACAUUAACACCACCCCAAUCGGAGUGUUGUUGUUAUCCGCAGCCGGAACUUCCGGAACUUCUGAACCCAUCCUGAUACUGACGAACGCACGCGGAAAAUUUCUGCCGGUCGGCAGCAACGCGACCGUUUUCGUCGCAAGUGUUUUCGAGCGGACGGCGGCGAGUGCGUGGUCGCCGCCGUUCCGAGAUUGCCAUCGUCCCGGAUGGAUGCGGCUGUACAAAGACGCCUGGCGGAACCACACCGCCGGGCUGCUGGUGGCGGUCGAGGUCGAUCGAUGCGACGAGCGCUUCGCGGAGGUGUUCGACGGGCUGCCGCGGUGCGACGCGGAGACUACUUUUUGUGUAAAUGGCGGAUUCUUUGGUUCCGCCAGUUAUUGGUGCACGUGUCGAGACGGAUUCUAUCAUCCGGAGGCGAAUCACACGUGGCGCGGCUUCUCAGGGGACGACAUCGAAAGCGGGCUUAUUGACACUUACAGUUGUCUAACAUGCCCGGAACAUUGUGACGCUUGCGACAAGAGAGGAGUAUGCGCGGCACGUCGAGACAUUUACUUGAAGAUGGUCGUCCUGGGCAUCCAGGCUGCGUGCAUCGGCGUCACGCUCGUCCUGGGCCUCGUCGUUUUCAAACAAAGAAAAUGCAAGACGAUAGCUUCAGGAAUGUGGACCAUCCUGGAAACAAUACUACUAGGCAUAUUUCUGCUUUAUUUAUCGGUUGUCCUUCAAUUUUUCGAAGUUUCACCGCUUCAGUGCUUACUGGAGCCUUGGGCACGCGAAAUGGGUUUUGUAUUCUGCUACGGCGCCAUUGUUUUAAAACUAUAUCGUCAUAUGAUUGAGUUUCGGACGAGGAAAGCUCACCGUUGGGUGGUUAAAGACACUGAUCUGUUGAAAUAUUUGCUGAUCAUGGUCGCAUCCCUUUUUGCUUACAUGGCUGCUUACACCGCCAUCAGUUUGAACUUUAUGCAAGAGAAUUAUAGCUUGUUGUAUAGUCGUCGCACAAGUAUGGGCGCUUACUACGAGGCGUGCAAACCAUUGUGGUGGGAUUAUGUCACCGAAAUCGCCGAGAUGACCAUUUUGAUCUUUGGAAUUCACAUGGGUUAUGUGAGUCGUAAUGCGCGGACACAAUUUCACGAGCGCAAGUUUUUGUGCGCGGCCAUCUGCAUAGAGCUCGCCGUCAGCGGAUUAUUCUACGUGGGACGUGUGUUCGUCCUGCCGGGUCUACAUCCGGACGGGGUACUCAUCAUCAACUGCGUGCGCACUCAACUGACUGCUACAAUUACAAUGGCGCUUGUGUUCGUGCCCAAAUUCUGGUAUCAACAGAAGCAAGUGCGUUCGCUUGCUCAGGAGUAUUCAUGUCGGUUGCCGGUGGAUGCAUUUAAGGAUGUGAAUGCACAUGGACCACUAACAGGCAACAAUAGUGACGUCGACGUUGGUGAAGUAACUCUUGCCGAUAUGAGUCCCGACGACAUCCGCGCCGAACUGAAACGUCUCUAUCUUCAACUGGAGAUAUUCAAGAGCAAAACUAUUUGUCGCGAUAAUCCACACAUUUCCAAGCGCCGCGGUGGCAGAAAAGCUCAACAUCGACGAUUCAGCCUACAGUCAUCAUUCUACAUGAAAAAGGGAAGUCGCGAGCGGAAUCUUUACGGCAAGCACAGAACUCAAAAGCAACCACCGCCCGCAUCACAACAAGCCGUCGAGUUGGAGAUAACGGAAGCGGAGCCAUCACGAACGCCAGAAGACUCCGUUUGCAGUGUCGAAGGACCGAGCAAUGUUUACAGCGAGCUGCAGCAAGCGCAACCAUCGACCACAGCCGAUACAGGAACAGGAACAGGAACAUCUGCGACCGGGACGUCAACGACUGCAGCCGUCAACAAUUCCAACAACGUAACGAAUGUGAACAAUGUGACAUCGACCAUGAUAUAAUAAACCGAGUGUGACAUUCAGGACAGCGAGUGAAACGCAAUUAAAUUUUAGUGUAGGUACAUUUGACACGCGGAGCAGCAGAAGAUGAGGAUGAACAAAAUAAAAAUUGCAAGUGUCGUGCAUGUUACUGCGUUGUAUACGUUGUAACUAAUUAACCAUAUGCUGAGUAAUGUAAGUAAUGGGUGUUGAUGAAAUGGUAGUCAACUUUUCCUGCAGCAAAAGUGCAAUGACCAAAUGUCCAAAACAUUUUAAUUUGUUCUAGGUAAUAACAUAUCAAUUAGUUUUUAUGUUUGUAAGAAAAGGCUAUGUUUCAUUUUGGAAAUUACAGGGUCUUAUACUCUUAAUGAAUAUAAAACGAAAUUUAAACAAACGCGUACGUGAAAUGCGCACCAAUUAAAACAAUAAUGGACAAUUAAAAACGCAACAAGCGUGAAUGAAUCGUGGAGAUUAAUGAAAGAAGUAAUUGCACGCGUCGCGACGACGCCGUCAUUAACGUAAUUGUGAGAAUACAAGAUUAAAUUCAUAGCGUUUACAGCUAGCAAAAACAUCAAAGACCAAAAAUAAACAAAAAAUAAAUGUAAAAACAUUUUCCAAAUUUUUCGGAUUUUGUUUUUAAUGUAAUAGAAUUUCCAACGAUCAAAAUUUAUCUUCAAGUCAUGCUAAUGAACAAUUUGACGGACGUAACAAGCCUAGAGCGACGAUUCCAUUGAUACACCUUGUCAGCGGAUUAAUUAAACGUCCGCCUGGCGCGGUAAUUAAUAUAAAACAGACACUUUAAGGCAUCAUUUGAGACGCUAACACAAUACGCACACCGAAUAUCAAGAUUUCCAACUGAAUUCCGCUUAUUAAGAGAAUUAAGCGAAUCAACAGCUUAAAAUGAUGUUAGAUUUGUAAAUAAUAAAUGUUGAAAUUUGUGAUUUCUUGAUAUUUAUUAAUUUUCUAAUUAAAUUUCGGUUAACACUUAGUUUAUCAGGCGAAUAUUAACAACACCGUGUGGAUCUUCAACCCGGAGGGUAAUAAAUCAGCAGCGAUUGCUAAAGCUGCGCAGAUUUCUAGUUAGUUAACUAGUUACUUAAUUUUCUGUUCGAAGCUUAGGCAAAAACGAGAUUGCUUGUAAGAUUACUUAUUGCUACUCUUUUGCUCUCCAUGUUCGCUGCUGUGGUACGUUUACUUGCGUUUGGAUUUAGAGUUUAGCUAUAAAUUGUAUAUUUGAAACAGAGAAUUGCUGGACAUAGCAAAUAAAAAAGUGUGAAGCAAACCUUGUCCCAACAAAACACUUAAGUUCUAUAAGCAUACGAGCUUAGUUGUAAUCACAAACGAAUAAUAGUUAAUUAACUUCGAAUGAAAUCCUCACCAAUUAGUUUAGUGUCCAUUACACAAUAAUAUAUGCUAGUUUAAACUCUAACAUUCAAAUCACGUAAAUUGAUGCACUAACACUAGCAUAAUAAAAAUAAUUAAAAAAUCAAUAUUUUUGUAAAUUAAGCUGUAAUAUAAGAAAUUAUUAUUAUAGUAAAAAUUUAACCAUGUAGCUAAUCGACUACCGUAACAAAUAGGGAGAUAAGUUCGCAAUGUCCAUGCGUUUAGUAAUAUCCUUUAAAUAAGCAAAACUUUUGCUAGUAAAUGAGAGAGAAAAACACGAAAACGUCCACGAAUCGUUGUUGUUGUUAUUGUAUUGAUAUUAAUUAAAUAGGAUAAUAAAACAGUAAAUUUUAGUCACGCCAUCACCAACACUACAAGUAGUUAAACUAAAACAUAGUUUUUCUUUAUCACGGUGUUCUGGGUAUAAGCAAGACAAUUAUUUGCAAUAUACUAAGAAAAAACAUCGCGAUUUUAAAUUUAUCCUUUUAAGAAUUGUAAAUAAAAGAACAACGUUGCAUAAAUGUAGUUUUUGGCUUUCUUAGUCGAUAAGGGGACCAACAAAAAUGGCCAAAAUUCACAUAAUUUAAGCUUUAAUUAGAAGAUACCAAAACAAGAUCAGUAGAAUACAAUAAAAAAAAUUCAUUAGCAUGUUUCAAGUUUCAUUAAUUUCAUCAUCAUCUAGAUAAGUCUUAGGUACGCAAAAAAGUGUUUAGCAUAAACCAAGCAACACAAAAAGGGGAAAAGUUAUGCCUAAUUAUAGAAACAAGAAGUCGAUAACUCGAACUCAACUAAUUAUGUUAAUUAAGAUUACACCUACAUUAAUGCAUUAGUUAAUAGUGUAAAUUAUUGUAGAAUAUUCUCAAACACACCUACACACCCAAAAAAACACUCAUUAUUAUUAUAAGACAUACAUCACACAAACGCGCGCAAAUUAUUACACGUUGUGUAAGUUAUGAUAACAAUAGAAAGAUUAUAAUGAUUAAAAUGAUUAAGAUGAUUAUAGCAUUUGAUGCUUGAUCUUUAAACAUAGAACUACUAACAAGUUAAGCAGUCACGAAGCAACAGAUGUUUGAUUAUUGCCAGUUGUAAAUGCUGUUUUGUGUUUGUGAAUGCGAUACAUUCGAAGAAUAUGAAUAUUUGUGUGCCAAAUAUUACAUUUUUAUUAAUAAAACUAAGAACAUAAAUAA